AUGGUGCAACAAAAUUUAGUAAUUUCUGGUCAUAUUUUGUUAAGAGGUGUCAUGGCGGUUUGUCUAAAGCGCUUUUUUAAAAACAAUGGUUCUGGUAUAUUAACAACUCGAAAAAAUCAAAGAACUAAUUGUUUGGGUCAGAAAUCUUUCGGUGCCACAGAACCUUUUUAUGGAGAGGGGAUUAGAGUUAAUAUUUCAUCAUCUGGCAUCUCUUUUGGCCAUUAUUGCACCAAAGAAAAUAAAGCCUAUAAAAUGGAUGAACAAAAAGACUUAGGUAAUUCUGGCAAGGCAGGUCCUGAUCAAGUAUUGAAUGUAUUUAAUGUACUCAGCAAUGAUCUACCUAAAUUAUUUGUUAAAAGUAUGAAUUAUGACAUUUAUCAUCAUAAUAUUAUAUUUGAAAAUAAUAUUAAAGGAGUCAAGACAGUAGGGCUGUUUAAUUAUUCAAAACAAAUCUCUUUAUUAAGGGCAGUUGGUCAUAUAAAAUUUGCAUAUGUAAAGUUUGAUGUAUUAAAAAUAACUGCACACCCGGAAGAUGGUACAGUUAGGGUUAGAUGGAGAAUUAGAGGUAUUCCAAAUUAUAGAGCUUUAAUGUCAUUUUUAAGCUUCAUUUCAUCUUUUAAUGCCAAGCAGUUGGAUGGAUGGUAUGAUGGUUUUUCCAUAUUUUAUGUCGGUUCAGAUGGGCUUAUUCACAAACACACUGUUGACAAGAUGAUUCCCGAUAGUGAAGAAAAAGUUUCCAACAUCCAAAAUAAUUUGGCAGCAAAAAUUGCACUAGUAUUGGGGGUUAUGAUGAAUGAUAUUUCAUCGUCAAAUUUUUUUAAAAAUAAUGUACAAAAUGAUCAAGUUGUAACUAAAUUCCUUAAAAAAUUUGAAGAUGAUCAUCUCUUUAAAACGAAACAGCUUGAAACCAGAUUUGUUAAUUAA